AAAGUACUCAUGGCAACGGAGGGGGGGGGUCAAAUUUCAAAAUAUUUGGCGUAUGUACUUUAUGGACGACCCCUUACCCUAGAUGUCACUAAAUACUGAAAAAAUGGAGAACACUUAACAACCGUCGAGCGGAAGCCAACAAACCAAAUUAUAGUCUAAAAGUAACCAUGAAAACUUUAUAUGAGUUAGCUUUCAAUGCGACCUUAAAAAACAUGGAGCUCGUAGUUUGGAAAUGUAACUUACUUCCAAAAAAAAUUUUGUUUGCAUUAGUCUGUGCUUGUCUAGAAGAUAGUCCAAAAGUGCUAGCUUUUGUAAAUUUGUUCAAACACUGGCCACUGACAGAGUUCUCAGUUCGUAAAAUUGGUGUCAGGCUGAAAGAUGAAGAUGUUAUAUUACUUGCAUCACUUAUACAAAAAAAACAAUAUGGAUGUAUAAAGCUGUUGAAUUUAUUAGAUAUUAAAUUUGGGGUAUUGUCUGAUCGAGCUUCAAAUGCCAUUUUAAAUGCGCUAAUAAAUAGUGAAUCUGUUUUGUCAUUGAAAAACUACAUAAGCCCUAAUAGUCAACAGACUUCAAGAUCAUUUUCUGAUGCUCUUUUAUAUGCUCAAAAAUCACUUUUUUCACCACCAAAAAAAGCUUCUAAUAGUCAAAACAAUAGUCCUCCUAUUUGCAAUAAUUUAGUAAUUGUAAUGGAAUUUGUUAUCAAUUCUAUGAACAUUGGGAAAUAUUUAAGUUUAGUGCAAAUGCAAAAAAAUAUAAAAAUGCCUGUUUCUGUUAUUGUCUCUCGACUACAAUUUGUUUAUACUUCAACCACAGAUAUUAUAAAAACUCUUAAAGUAACAAAUAAAAAAGAACUUGUUGGUGUUGAUAUUAGCUUCAAUUGUCUUGGUUCUUCAACAGAUAGAAUGAAGAGUGUUUGUAAUGAGCUAAAGGCUUUUAAAAAUCUUGAAAUGCUGAACUUAGCAUAUAACAACAUAACUGAAGGCAUAAUUUUAACUGAGCUGUUGUCAAAUCUUCAAAGUCUUCAUUAUAUAGAUUUUUCUGGUAAUUUACUUAAGAGUGGAAUUAACGAUCUAUUAGAGUUUGGAAUACAAACUGAAUACUUAAGAACACUUAUUUUAACAGGAUGCUCUAUUACUAUUGAUUGCUUGCAUGCAUUAGUACACAGUAAAAAAAUAACAAGUUUGUUUUCUGCUGUCAAUGUGGUAUUACCCCAAACCCUUCAAAUAUAUACAUUAAUUGCAUUUGUAAUCAAGUUCAUUUCUCUGCGGAAAUCUAAAAACAAGCUAUUCUUCCAUUCUGUAAAAGUUGUGAAAGUUUCUGCUGUCAAUGUGGUAUUACCCCAAACCCUUCAAAUAUAUACAUUAAUUGCAUUUGUAAUCAAGUUCAUUUCUCUGCGGAAAUCUAAAAACAAGCUAUUCUUCCAUUCUGUAAAAGUUGUGAAAGUUUAAACUCUGUUCAUUGAUUUGGUUUAUACGAAAUCGAUCCCUAGAUACAAUGUGCUGACGUAGAAACAAGGUAUUGGAAAAAUAUAUAUUUCAGAAAACUAAUCAAAAUAUUGAAUUUCAGUUAUAAAAUCAAUGCAAAGACAAAAUCUAAACUUAGAAUCCUAGAUUAAAUCGAUAAACCAAAGAUAAAUUUUGAAUCUCGUAUUAACUUGGUUCUGAUAAAAAGAUAGUGUAGUUUUGCUAAAGAAUAGUUUCAAUUAUAUUUUAAAUAUUAUUUUUUACAUGUUAUAAAUUUAAAUAUUUAUAAGCAAACAAUUUCUUUUGGUGUUUUUGUUUAAAGAACACUUUCGAAUUUGUUUUAAAAAA